AAAUAAAUAACAUAGUACCAGCUGUACUAUUAUUAUGGACAGUAUUUAAUAAAACUUCAUAAACAGUUAUUUACGUAACAUUUAUGAGCUGUCCACAAGACGUCUUAAUCUAUGUGAAGUGUUAUCCUACACUUGCGUGUCUUUCAAAAUUUUAAAUCAAAUUGUCAUUUAUUGGAUCUUAUUUACGUAAUAAUUCGUUUUAGUAACACAGUUCUUGGAUAACCUUUUCAAAGGUCAACGUUAACUUAUAACGUUAGCUCAUUCUUUAAUUUAAUGCAAGUAUUGUGUUCUUGUAUUCGACCUCAGUUGUUAAACAAUUCUUGAACGAACAUUAUCGAUUAGAGUAUUACAAUACAAGGUACGGUACUUGAGAAAAUGUCAUCAAUGAGGAUCAUGAUAAACCGCGCCGCCGCCAGUCGAGUUUCGUCCAGUGUGAUGAGACUAACAGAGCCGGUGGAACGGGCAGUAUUAUUAUCGCAGAACACAUCAAGCAAUUUACGAACUAUGGCUUCAAAGGCAGUAACGAUGGAAAAUAUUAACCCGAAUAUUUUAAAAUUGGAAUAUGCUGUACGAGGACCGUUGGUAAUUCGAGCAGCAGAAAUUGAAAAGGAAUUGCAAAAGGGAGCAAAGAAGCCUUUCAAGAAAGUGAUCAAAGCUAACAUCGGAGACGCCCACGCGAUGGGACAGGUGCCGAUCACGUUCAUCAGACAAGUGUUGGCAUGCGUGUCGUUCCCGGAGCUGAUCGACAAAUCUGACUUCCCGAAAGACGUGAAGCAGCGAGCUCGGGAGAUCCUCGGUGCGUGCGGCGGGCAGUCGGUGGGCUCGUACUCGGCGUCGCACGGCAUCGAGCUGAUCCGGCGCCACGUGGCGGAGUACAUCGCGGCGCGCGACGGCCACCCGGCGCGCUGGCAGGACGUGUGCCUGUCGUCCGGCGCCUCCACCGCCAUCAAGAACUGCCUGCAGCUGCUGUGCAACGACAUCGGCGGGAAGAAGUCGGGUGUAAUGAUCCCGAUCCCCCAGUACCCGCUGUACUCUGCAUCGCUGGCUGAGUACGGAUUGCAGCAGGUCGGCUACUACCUGGACGAGAGCUCCAACUGGGGCCUCAGUAUCGAGGAGCUGGAGCGCUCGCUGAAGGAGGCGCAGAAGACCUACAACGUGAGGGCAUUGGUCGUCAUCAACCCCGGCAACCCGACCGGACAGGUGCUGACGCGCGCCAACAUCGAGGCCAUCAUCAAGUUCGCGCACAAGCACGGCCUGUUCCUGUUCGCGGACGAGGUGUACCAGGACAACGUGUACGCCAAGGGCAGCCAGUUCUUCUCCUUCAAGAAGGUGCUGCGCGAGCUGGGCCCGGAGGUGGAGUCGCUGGAGCUGGCGUCGUUCAUGUCGGUGAGCAAGGGCUACAUGGGCGAGUGCGGCCUGCGCGGCGGCUGGAUGGAGCUCGUGAACAUGCAGCCCGACGUGCAGCAGCACCUGUUCAAGUGCAUCUCCGCCAUGCUGUGCCCCACCGUGCUGGGCCAGGCCGUCGUCGACUGCGUCGCGAAGCCACCGGCGAAAGGCGAGCCCUCGUACGAGCUGUGGCUCAAGGAGAAGACGGCCGUGCUGGGCUCGCUCGGCGAGCGCGCACACAUGAUCGCCGAAGCCUUCAACGGCAUGCAGGGCUUCAAGUGCAACGUCGUGCAGGGCGCCAUGUACGCGUUCCCGCAGAUCGCGCUGUCGCAGCGCGCGGUGGGCGCGGCGCGCGCGGCGGCGCUGGCGCCCGACGCCUACUACGCCUCGCGCCUGCUCGAGGACACCGGUAUCUGCGUGGUGCCCGGUAGCGGGUUCGGCCAGGCUCCCGGCACGUACCACUUCCGCACCACCAUCCUGCCGCAGCCCGCCCUGCUCGAGGAGAUGCUGGCCAUCUUCAAGGACUUCCACGAGAAGUUCACGCGCGAGCACUCCUAGAACCGCGGCCUCCGCGCGCCGGCCGCUCUCCCGCCGCAGGGCGGAGACCCUACCCGACUGAGUGUGAAUAUAGAGACUUAACGUUUAGUCUCGAUUGGCAAUGUUUCGGAUUCGUAGGCCUGCUUAUACAGUGCACCUGAUUUGUCGUAGAUACUAAACAAAUGAGCAACAAUUACGAUGUUGUGAUGAGUAGUGAAUAUGUAGAUAUAUAAAUGCAAUUGUAAACGAUACGAUUAUAAAAUUAUCUAUCGGUAGCGUAUAUCCUGCAGUCUAUUUAGGAUAAUGGUCAAUUUGAGAACUUCUCCACAUUUCCCCAUAUUUGUCAAAAUAUUCACGGGGUAAUCCGUGCGGUCGUAGCUUAAAUUAUAGGUAAAGCUUUAUAUUGAAAGCCAUCGGAGAAAUGUAUGCAAUCAUGGCAACCCUGAAAAGACAUUAUGAUAAUAGGUUGAAACGAAACGGACUACAAAUCUUUAGUUAAUUUAUAUCCUACCUAAAUUUAUUGAAUAUGUUUGAAUGGAUAAGUCCAGUUGCUAUAAAUUUUCAUUUUACAAUUUAUUUUUAGUAAUUUAAGUUUUGCUUAUUAUAUUGUUUAAAACAAAUCGUCGCAAUAUAAGAUGGUAAAAUAUAAAAGUACCAUCAGUCCGGAAUGUAGAUUCUCCUGUGAAUAACCGGCAGAGAUUAAGUAAUUAAACUUUUGAAUUAUUUAAAUUACGUAUAUUAUUUACUAAACAACUCAUUUGAUUACUAUGUAUGAAACGAUUUUAUCAUAUAAUAUGCUACUAAUGUUGUAUAAAGUAUUAUGUAAAUAUUUAUAUCGAGUCCGAUGCCACUUGUACAUCAGAGUUUGAAAGGUAAUGUUCGCUAUGAGAUUUUAAAUUCAUAUAUUUUUAUUAAUUAUUGUUAUUAUUUUAAGCACUUUUUUAUUAUAUAUUUUGUGUGAUGGCUGUUAUUCAAAUCUCUGCUUAUGCUAUAAUAUUAAUUGCCAUUGUUGAAAUUAAAACUUCGUAAUAUAAUGAUAAACAGAAUGACGGGUUUAUAAUUGUUCAUGUAAGAUAUUGAAUACAAGCAACAUUUUUAUUUACAAAUGUUAUAACAUUAAGGUUUUGGUUUUUCUAGUCUGCGACCAGGUCUUCGGGUGUUAGGAAUUUUACUACGGGUUUGAUCGGAAUUCCAAGAGUCAUUUCUUUUAAUCCUCCGUGAUUUUUAACUAUCGUUUUCGAUCAAAGGUAACUCGUUUACUUAUAAAUGUACUGAGUCGAGUCCAUGUAGGUUACAUUAAAAUUUUCUGCAGCCGUUAGUAUGUCGGUCAUACUUUGCAAGAUAAUUUAAAGUUCUACACAACCGAUUGAGGUGAAAUUUUGCGCCCUCAGGGCCAGUGAUAAUAUAAUCUAGUUAACUAAAUACCGUAAUUUGUUAUAAAAUGACUAACGAUAAUUUUGUUUUAGAUAUUUUAUUUUUAUUAACUUUUCGCAUAUUCAAAACGUUACGAAUGAGUUCAAUUCGCACAAGUCAGUUUCGGUACAAACUCUGCCACGACGCAUUUACAAUAAAUGCAAUAAUAUUUAUUACCGUUAAUGUAUCUGUAUCUGUAUUUUAUAUAGUCUCGUGUACUCGUGUCGUGAGGGUGACAUUCCGGUGCAGAGAUCGGAUUGAAAUUAUAUCAGCUAAGCCGUCGUUUUGUUGAAAUAAACGUUGAGAAAAUAUAA